AUGGACCCAACUCUCUACAAAUACCCAUCUCCCCUCGAAGGCUGGGAAAGCAGCGAACCUCUCUCCGACGACCGCAACCCCGACGGCAAAUCUCUCCAAAACCCACCCUCCACCACCCUCAGCAAAGCCUACACCGAAUUCAUCGAACCCCUCGCCAAAGACGACCGCGGCGCCUUUGACGCCCACAUUUACUUUCUGCACACCGACGAGCGGGAGACGAGUUUUGCCAAAGCGUUGCAUGAACGCGUGAGGCGGGAAUUUCCCGAGUUGCGAGUCUACCCACUCCACCAGCACCCCAUCGGCCCUCAUCCAGUGGGCAUGUUCGAAGUGAACCUCUUCACACCGCAGCAAUUCGGAGCGUUUGUGAGUUGGUUGGUGAUUCAUCGGGGUCCGUUGAGUGUGUUGUUGCAUCCGAAUACGGGGGAUGCGAUGCGGGAUCAUACGCAGAGGGCGAUUUGGUGA